AUGAGCGAAGCACUACCAUAUGUCGAGUCGAUCCCUGGCGGUCUGUACCCGGGCCGAGCAAUCGUUUUAAAAGGAGCUGUAGUGCAUGAACCGCAUCAGAAACGUUUUGCCGUGGAACUUUGCUGCGGUUUGCUGGUGCAGGGUGAUCAUCAGGAUGACAAAGCGUUGCAUUUCAACCCUCGAUUCGAUGUCAAUAAUUCUUGGUUUGGUGGUCAAGCGGAUCGGCAGAUUGUAUUGAAUUCGAUGACCGGUAACAGAUGGGGCAUAGAGGAGCGUUAUGCGAAUGUCUUUAAAGAGGGAUAUCCGUUUUCGAUGCGGAUACUCGCACUCGCCGAAUAUUAUAAGAAAGCACAUAUUUUCAGCAGUGCUGCUCUUUUUUUUAAUCUUCGCUCGCCAUUUGUUCUCAAUGUGAAAGCACAGUUUCAGAUUGCCGUGGAUGGGCGCCAUUUAUGUGAUUAUCUACAUCGAAUACCGGUUAGUGAGGUGAAAACGCUCUAUAUAAGAGGAAAUGUGCGAAUCGAUACAAUUGAAUAUCAGGGCGAUGAGGGUAGCCCUGUUGUCGGGUGA